AUGGCGUUAGUAGAGAGGUUUGUAAUUACUGAUACCACUGAUGGUCAAAUCCAAGGUUACAGUAUCACCUUGCCUUCUGGUGGACAACUGGAAAUCUACUUGGGUAUUCCUUUCGCUGAGCCUCCGGUAGGGGACCUGCGAUUUGCUCCACCAAAGGAGAAAGUAAACUGGAGACCACACAUUCUGAAUGCCACUAGGUUUGGCCCUGCUUGUCCACAACCUUUGCAUUUUCUGCAACAAUAUAGUUUCGGGAAGACGUUCUCCAAUAUAGAAGAGGAUUGUCUCUACCUUAAUGUAUAUGCGCCAAAGAAUACCAGUAAUGUGAACCAGUUGUUUCCGGUAAUGGUGUGGAUCCACGGAGGAUCGUAUCGAUAUGGAUCGGGAUCAGAAUUUGAUGGAAGAAUAUUAGCGUCCAGGGGUGGUGUCAUUGUAGUAACAGUUAAUUAUAGACUGGGCGCUUUGGGAUUCCUAUCUACUGAUGAUUCGGUAACCAGUGGUAAUCAGGGGUUACUAGACCAAGUGUUGGCUCUGAAAUGGGUGAAUCGGAAUAUACGUCAUUUUGGCGGGAAUCCUGAUCAAGUGACCCUGUUUGGUCAAAGCGCCGGAGGAGCAUCCGUUUCACUCCAUAUGUUUUCUCCCCUCUCCAACGGUUUGUUUCAAGCACUUAUUCCCCAAAGUGGUUGUGCUCUCAGUCCGUUUUCCAUCUAUAGACCGCCACAUUCCAUAACGAUGACUACGAGGAAUCUGGCCUUGAUGUUACAAUGUCCCGUUAACUCAUCACAGGCACUGGUUGAUUGCUUGAGACAAAAAUCUGCACAUGAUGUUGUUAACACAUACCCAAAGCAUCCACAGAUGAUAGCGGCGUUCGCACCAAGAGUGGAUGGUUAUUUUAUACAUGAUGUACCUGAAAACCUUCUUGAUAAAGGAAACUUUAACAAAAAUAUUAGGGUGAUGACAGGAUUCGUUCCAAAUGAAUCGGCAGAUGAAAUACCGGAUAUAUUCAAUUCCAAUGGAGGAUAUGACGUCACGUAUUACAAUUCCUUAUUAGAUAAUUGGAGUAGAAGAUUUCUUCACGGACAUAAAGUGAAAUCUGCAGUCACAUGUUACUAUUCACCAUUAGGUAGUGAUGACCAUGCAAACGUGCAGACAUAUAUGCAACUGAAGUCUGAUUAUGGCUACAUCAUACCACACAUACAAUUAGCCUCCAAACUGAAUCUAAUAGGAACAAAGACAUGGCUAUAUGAUUUUAAUUACCGGUCCAGUAAUUAUCCAAUGCCUGACUGGAUGGGUAUUAUUCAUGCAUCGGAACUGUACUACUUGUUCGGAACACCUUUGUUUACAUCAAUUCCGUGUCCAGGAGACCCCAGUGUCACGUGUCCUCAAAUCCGGACAGCUUUCCAAACCUGGAAUCAGCUGGAUACAGACAUCAGCAAAGCUACUAUUGACUUGUGGAGUAACUUUGCAAAGUUGGGCACAAAGAAUGUUUCAUCAAUAAGAUUGUCAUCCGGCGGUGAUUGGGAUACCUUUUAUCCAACGAAACAAUACUUAAUGAUUGGAGAUUCUCUCCAAGUACGGAACGACCCUAGGCAAAAAGAGUUACGCCUUUGGAAUAAUUUUGACUAUCAAAGCUAUUAUGCAAACCCUAGAAGUGAUUGUUCUCCCUGAC